AUGACAUUUGAGGUCCGCCGCAUGGGAAUUCGUUAUGUCGUUACCGCGGACCCAGUGAGCAUCAAAGCUCUGCUGGGGACGCAGUUCGACGACUUUGGAAAAGGCGACCGAUUUCUGCGUGAUUGGAAGGACAUCAUUGGUCACAACGUCUUCACCACAGAUGGCAAGGCAUGGCAUGACGCGCGUUAG